AUGGAAAGUGUUAUGAAGAUGAAGGUCGCGGUGACAUUCAAAGGAAGCAACUACCUAGUCUGGUCUAGGAUGGUGAAGACUGCUGUGGGAAGCAAGGGUUUGUGGAAGCAUAUCACAGCUGGUGAAGCUCCAAGGGCGAUUACUCAAGAGGGUGACGCAGAGAGCUCCGAGGAGAGUGUUGUGGAGAAGUGGCAACAAGAAGACAUGAUGGUGAUGUCAGUUCUUCAUGCCUCGUUGGAACCGGCUAUCCUAGAUGCUUAUAGCUACUGUGAGACAGCCAAGGAGCUGUGGGACACUCUGAAGAAGGUGUAUGGAAAUGUUUCUAACCUGAACCGAGUGUUUGAAGUCAAGAAGGCAAUCAACGAGUUAACCCAAGAUGACAUGGAGUUUACAAAGCAUUUGGGGAGGUUCAGGACACUGUGGUCUGAGCUGGAGAUGUUGAGGCCAAGCACAGUUGAUCCAGAGCUUCUAAAUGAGAGGCGUGAGCAGGACAAGGUCUUUGGGUUGCUGCUCACAUUGAAUGCAAGCUACAAUGGUCUCAUUCAGCACAUGCUAAGGUCCGAGAAAUUACCUGACCUUGAGGAGGUGUGUGCUCAGAUACAAAGGGAGCAGGGCUCAAUGGGCUUGUUUGGAGGCAAGGGAGACUUAUCUCUUGCAAAUGCUGUGCAAUCUGACCGUGAAGAACCUCCUCAAGCCAACAAAGCUGGCUACAACAAGUAUGAGAAGUUCAAUGGGAAUUGUGAUCAUUGCAAGAGGUAUGGGCACAAGAAGAUUCAGUGCUGGAUACUCCAUCCCCACUUGAAGCCGGCUAAGUUCAUAAAGGAGAAAGAGGCAAGAGCUCACAUGACUGAAGGAUCAAGUGGAGCAGGGCCAUCCAACCGAGGAACUGAAGUGGAGAACCGUGAAGGAAAUGGAAAAGCUUUGGUGACCUAUACUGGAGCCAUCAACCCCCGAGGCAAUGAUCAAGACUUCAUCAGGAGGUCCGAGAUGGAUGCACUCAUCAAAAUGCUCAAGGAUAAUGGUAACAUUCAUGGGUAUUCAUUUGGUGCUUCUAUGAUUGCUAGGACUAUAGAAAUGACUCACAGUAAGGCUGAGAUUGCUAGGAAUGAUAGUAAGGCUGGAAUUGAGCAGUGCAUUGAUAGAAAUGCUAAGAUGAAUGCAUAUAGAUCAAAAUGUAUCUGCCAUCAUGCUAGCAAUGCAUCCAAACCAUUGAUUAUAGAUUCAGGUGCAUCUCAUCAUAUGAUUAGUGACACCAACCUGAAUAAAGACAUAGAACCUACUAAUGGAUGUGUGAUGAUUGCAAAUGGAUUAUCUCAGUAUGGAAUUCUUCAUCAAACAAGCUGUCCCUACACUCCACAACAGAAUGGUGUGGCUGAGAGGAAGAAUAGGCACCUUAUGGAAGUUGCAAGAUCAAUGAUGUUUCAAGCUAAUGUACCUAAGAAGUUUUGGAGUGAUGCAGUAGCCACGGCCUGCUAUCUAAUCAACAGGACUCCCACACUGAUCCUGAAAGGACAGUCACCAUUUGAGGUUCUCAACAAACAUAAACCCUCAUUAGAACAUAUAAGGAUCUUUGGGUGUUUAUGUUAUGUUUUGAUACCCGGGGAGUUGAGAAACAAGCUUGCAGCUAGGAGUACAAAGGCAAUGUUUAUUGGCUACUCUACAACUCAAAAGGGAUACAAGUGUUAUGAUCCAGACACAAGAAGGGUGCUGGUAUCAAGGGAUGUGAAGUUUGUUGAAGAGAGAGGAUACUAUGAGGAGCAAAACAAAGAAGACUUGAAAGAUCUUACCUCGGAGAGAGCCACUACCUUGCGGAUCAUCUUAGAAAGUAUUGGGAUCAAGGUGAGACAAGAUCAGCAAGGACCUGGCAGUAACCCAGGAUCUCAACCACCGAAUGGUGGAAGUUCAGCAACUCCCACUUCUGAUCAUGGGGGGGAAAGGAGUGAACCAGAGACAACUCAAGAGAGUAGUGGAGUAUCUGGUACACAUGAUCAAGAUGUGGAAGUAAGUGAACAGCAAGAUGGAGCUGAAGAAAGUCAGCUAGGAGAAGAAGAGGCAGUUGAAGUGCCUACUUCUGUACCACAAGAAAGUGGAGAAGAAUCACAAGUGGAAGUGGAACAACCGGAACCAGCAUUGAGAAGAAGCACACGGAUUAGGAGAGAUGCUUCCAGCUGGGUAAGCACGAGAGUGCACUACAAUGCCCAGGCUGUGGAGCAUCCUUCUCAAGCUGUGUGUUCCUUUGCUCAAUACCCUAAAGAACAUUUUGCUUUCAUGGUAAACUUGGAUGAGAACUAUAUUCCAAGAAGCUAUGAAGAGGCAAUGAUGGAUAAAGAGUGGAAGGAAUCAGUUGGAGCUGAGGCAGGAGCUAUGAUCAAGAAUGAUACAUGGUAUGAGAGAGUCAUCCUGCCAUGCUACACUCGGAGUGAAGAUCAGUUGGCUGAUGUGUUCACUAAGGCUGCGAGACACAAGACUAUGGAGUCCAUUCACAUUAGAUUGGGACUCAUAGAUCUUGGGAAGAGAAGGAGCUGA